AUGUCGCACACCGUCGAUAUCCCACAAGAGCUCAAAGACUCCCUCCGGAAAUUUAGAUUCGCCCGCCGUAGCUCUGGAAAUGCCGCGCUCGUGAUCAAGAUCAAUAAGCAGAAGUUGCUCAUGGAGGAAGUUGAACAGUUCGACAACAUAACCCCAGAGGAUCUCGCAGAAGAGCUCCCGGACAGCUCUCCUCGUUAUGUAGUGCUCUCAUAUGAGCUGAACCAUCCAGAUGGGCGGAAAUCCUUCCCCCUCGUCAUCAUUAACUGGGCACCGCCUUCUUGUGAGACCGGUAUGCUAACAUUACAUGCCAGCGGCUUCCUGGACUUCCAGACCACCGCGGAUGUGGGCAAGGUCGUCGAGAUCCGAGAUGGCGCAGAAGGUCUCACUAAAGAGGCACUGGACGCGCACUUGCUCGGGAAGUGA